UCUCAAGGCAAGUUCUUCUCUAAUGGUCUCUUAAGGACACCUUAUAUUGAUGUCUCAACAUAUCAAUGACAAUAACUCCAGUGGUUACAGCAGUGCCUCAGAUCACAGCAUGGACCGACAUCCUUCCAUGAACCAGACAAUGAGGAACAACACCAGAGAGACGGGUGUCUGCCAGUCUGAUCAUUUGAACAGAUCUCAUCAUGAUGCCAGUCUAAUUAAUCCCAGCCCUCCAGCACAGUACCGUCUGAACACAGAAAGAACAAACUUUGAUGGGUCUGAUGGAAAGGUCAGACUGUGGACAUAUGGACGAAAAGACAGAAGAAAGCAAAACAAAGUCUUACUGAUGGUGGGAGAAACUUGUACUGGAAAGACCACCAUCAUCAACACCAUGGUCAGCUAUUUACUGGGGGUGAAGUUUGAGGAUGAAAAGUUUUAUGAGAUCACAGAAGAACAAGAACAAAAAGAUCAAACUAAAUCCCAAACAUCUGCAAUCACUGUCUAUGAGGUGUUUGAUGAUGAGAACCCAAUAUCUCUCACCAUUAUUGAUACUCCAGGAUAUGCACACACUGAAGGAUCUGAGAAAGAUGGAGAGGUUGCUGAAUAUCUGACCAAAUUAUUUUCAAGUGAGUUUGGGAUAAAGUUUAUUGACGCAGUUUGUUUUGUGAUGAAUGCGUCUCAGAAUCGUCUCUCUGGAAAAGAGUUUUACAUCUUCCACUCAGUUCUGUCUCUGUUUAGUCGAGAUAUUGAGAACAACAUUGUGUUCUUACUCACAUAUUCAGAUGGAGGACCACCAACAGAUGCAAUAAAUGCCAUUAACACAGCUGAGAUCCCCUGCAGAAGAGAUGAAGACAAUCAGCCUGUUCAUUUCUUAUUCAACAACCGUCAGAAAGAGACAAGAGACAGACAGUAUAAUCAUGUUUUUAAAUCAGCUUGGGAACUGGGAGAGGAAAGCAUGGAUCAAUUAUUUUCACUACUGGAUGAAAACAACAGAAAAAGUCUCAAGAUGACUUUAGAUGUUCUGAUAGAGCGGAAACGACUCGAGGCCUGUGUCUCCAACCUGAACGAGCGAAUUAAAGAGAAGGAGAUAAAAACGGAAGAACUGAGAGAGAUUCAGAAAGUCCUCGAACAGAACAGGGAAAAAAUAAAGAAUUGUGAAAACUUUGAGUUUACAGUCGACAGAGUUUACAAAGAAAAAGUCCCCAUUGAGAAUGAAUGGUGGUGGAACAGUAAAGCGACCUGCUGCACUGACUGUGAGGAGAACUGUCAUCUGUACGGCUGCUCGUGGGUCUCUCCCAAUAAUCUCUCAGAGUGUUAUGUCAUGAAAAACAACAACUGUACUGUGUGUGCAGGGAAGUGUCAUUACACCAAACAUGUCAAAGAGAACAAAAAAUAUGUUUCAAAGACAAAGAAAGUCACUCUGACAUUUAAAGAUCUUGAAAAGGAGUAUGAACGCACUGGUGACGAGCUUGAGACCAGAUUUGACAAAGAAGAAUAUGAAAAGAUUAAAAAUGAACAUGAAAACAACAUGAAACUGGAGGAGGAGAAAACAGACAUAGAGAAGAAAAAUAUCAGACGACUGGCAGAAAUUGAACAAAAAAAGUCCAAACUGGUGGAUGAAGCUUACAGCACCAUCAUGAAUCUGUGUAAGAUUGCACUGAAAGCAGACAGCGCGUUCACUCUUCAGUAUCUGGAUUUCUUGAUUCCCAGACUGAAGGAGGACGGAAAAGAGGAAUGUGUGAAGAAUCUGGAGGAUCUGAGAAAAGCUGCAGACGAGGAGAAAAAUAAGGGAGCUUUACGUCAACUAAGAGAAUAUACUGGCCGAAAAUUAAACACAUUUUUCAAUUAUUUCUCUAUUAAAAAGGAAUAAAAUGAAACAAAUAUUUUACACACAAGAUGAAAAAGCAGAAUGGAUGUUUCAUGAGACUGUAAAAAAAAUAUUAUUUCACAAACUAACACUUUAUACCGAUCAGUUAUUUGGAUUUUACUCUAAACACUCAAUUAAGCAUUAAUUUAGUUAUAGUCUACCUGUGAAAGGAUUAGGAAUAUAAUAUAAUAUAAUAGAGAAUUGUUGGUUGCAAAUGGAUAAAAAAUUGCAGAACGUUGUUAUGGAGCAUGUGUGACAUGGACGGGUUAAGCCGCAGUGCACCAAGAUGCAAGCUGGGAUUUCAAGUCGUGUGUCAAAGCACAUUUUUAGUGUGGCACCCUUCUGGCCCCGGCCCUGCUUCUGACCAAUCCUGUCUUAGCAACUGUUGCCCUUUUGCCAUAAAUCUGACAUGCAUUUGCUAUUUUCCAAUGAGAGCCUAUGAAAUUAAUGUGUGUUUAAGUUUUUUAAGCAGGAUUUUAUAAAAAUAUAUAUAUAUAUUUGACAGGUGUUACGACCCUCCACUGGUUAUUAUUGUCUAGUGAGUGAAGAGGCGACAUCAGACCACCCGAAGCACAAAACACACCAUUAAAACACAGAGAGGGAAUGAGCCAGACAGAAAACAGUGUAGUAAAAUAUAUACAUGGGAUUAUUUACAAUUUGCAACCGUGGCACAAAAAUAGAAAAACGAAAAGGUAGAAACAAAAAUCUUCAAUGUCCGUGACAUCGUAUCUAAACUAUAUGAACUAACUGAACAAAAAAACAGAUCGGAUGGCACUUGCACCUGACCUAAUGUAUAUAUACAGCAACAUAUUCUGUGUGCACAAUGUGCGUCACGUGACAUAAUUGAUAUGUCCCUUUUCCUCCAGCCAGCACAAACACAAUGAAAUGAUCCAAUAACUCAGAAAUGUGAAGGAAUGAACACAACGGACUGUAAGAUAAUGUUGUGUAACAAACAGCAACACACUGGCAAAGCUAAACAGUUUGAUAAAUCAAAAGAAAGAAACAAACGAUAAGAAUUACAAAUUUACAGUUUACAACAAAGUCAAAAUCACAGUCAAAACUAACAAGGAAACAAGUUAUCAAAGCGAGUCUAAACAUACGAAAAAUCUGAAUGAGGAGCUCCCGAUGUUCUUCUUCAAUGUUUUAUGGAGUUUGGCAGACCAACUUGUGAGUGUGAGCACGCUUCCACACUUAAAGCUCAGCUCCCGGUGUUUGCGUGCCCUUUUAUAUCUUUGCAGGCUUCCGGUUCUGGGCAUAUAUCACUCUGUGACAUCAUCAAGUCGGAUUAUUCCGGGUGAUUGGCAGUGGAGAAAACCAACCAGAACGUUAAACCUGCGAAAGUUAAAGUGAAAGACAGAAACCGGAAGGAAAACAGGGCGAAAGAAAAAAAAAGAGCACUCAAAAUGAAACGACACAUAUUAACAUCACGUGGGGCCGUAACACCAGGUCAUUUGUAAUACUGACACGAGUAACCCAGAGAGGGUAAACACAGUGAUUUUCUUUCUCUUUUUUUUUAAAUAUUCAGAUUAAUUCGAAGAGCAAGUUAUGGAUUAAACUGUCAGUCCUCAUUCCCAAAUGAGCAUAAAACAUCUGCAAUAGCACCUACAUUUGCUCCAAGAUAAAUUAAAUCUAAUCACUGAACGUUUAUUCAUGUAUGUAUUGAUUCAAUUCAUGGUAAAUCGAUAGUAAUUUAACAGUUCACAGCAUCAAAAUGAGUGUUAUGAGACAUUAUAAACAGCUCUGUUCACUUACGCUAUAAUGUUAUUAGAUGUGUAAUCAAAUACAAAAUGACAAUAACAAUAAUUGCAAUAAAAUCAGUAAAAAAAAUACAAUAUUAAUACAAAAUAUUACAAGUAAAUAAAAUAAAUUAAAAACAAAAUAACACAAUUAAGAACUACAUAGAUAGGGGUAUUAAAAUCUCUAAUAACAAAAUAAAUACAAAAAUCCUUCAAAAGGAAAAUAUUUCAAGGCAUUACAACUAUUUCUGCAUUAGACAUCCGGGAAAUCGUUCGAGUUUAUGCAAACAAAAUUGUGUGACAUCAAAUGAAAUAGCCAACUAAUAAAUUAUUAUAUUAUAAAUAUCUCCCAUUUAUUUUAAUAGAAGUGUCCCGUCUCUGCUAAAUAAUCUCUGGAAACAUUGAUUAGGCUCAAAUACAAUUAUUUUUAAUGACUGUUCAUUUUACUUUAGAAAUACUUUGAUGAUCCAUCAAUAUAAUUUUUCCAUGAAGAUACGUGUAAGUGAAAAACUGAAAGUGAAUAUAUAUAUGUGUGUGGCAGGGCGGAGGGCGGGGCUGGUUCUUGAUCCUACACACCCUGUCCCGUAUUAGGCUAAUCAAGCCUCCGAGAGGGAUAAAGGUCGAAUGCAGGGGAUGGUGCGAGAGAGAUAGAGAGUUUACGGACAUGUCCGUCAUGUUUGUGUGUUUUGUCUUUUAAGUUUAUCAUUAAAAUAUGAUUUAUAUUGUCAAGCCGGAUCUCGCCUCCUCCUUGCACGUCUAAAUUAAUUUACACUGGUGCCGAAACCCAGGAAGGAGGAGGGAUAUGGCGUAGUAGAGUUCUCGCCACUACCAUCCAGGGGCUGGAGGACUGCCUCUUAUCCGUCCGGAGAAGCGUGGCUGUCGUCCGUUAGAGAGUGGAGGAGUGGCCGAGGAACAAGUUACGGCGUAUCGGAGAACUGCCGAGUUUUUUUUACCCUGAGAUCUUGUUUUGUUGAUGAGUGUUAAAAGUUCUCAGGCAUUGUUCAAUGUGUGCUCCAGCCUGCUUAAAUAUAAUCUGUGAUGCGUGAUUUAUUUUGAGAUUUUGUAGGUUUGUUUUGGCAUGGAUCUGCAGUAAUAUGGUUCCUGUAAUAGAAGAUCUUCACAGGAAAUGGGUUGCAGUAAUGGCAAUGAUAAAAGGAUAGCAGCUUAAUUUUAAGGUGGUGAUGUCAUCUGGAUGUGAGGAAGUGGAACGACAGGCUCAGAUGUUAAACUUGAGCUGUUCACUGAGUCUCAUUCUAUGUAAGCCGAUAAACAAAUACAAAAUAAUGUUAAUGAUAAGAAUAAUUAAAACCAGACAGAGAUUUAAUGCCAUUUAAACUGAACACUUGAACCAUCAGAUUUAUGAGACAAGUGGAUUUUGAUCUAUGAUCAAUUUUAGUCUAUUAUUUCACUUUUUGCUUUUAUGUAAUCAGUCAUUGUUAAAGUUCUGUGAUGCUGAAAUGAUUUUGACAAUUUUACCGCAUUUGUACACCCUCUUCUCCAUGUUUGAAUAAAACAGCAACUUAUUAUCGUCA